AUGCGGUUAAGGCCGAAUGCCUGUCCAACAUUGUUUACCCUCGAAGAAAUCACCACUGGAACGCCUGCUCACUCAUCUGCUGAAGGAGGAUCCAUGGAACUUGAAAGCAUGGGAACUUCUGACCACUCUUAUGCCAGAAAACGCCAUUAUGACCACACCUAUGCUAUGAAUGCACCAAUGAAUGUAUCAAAUGAUGCUGCUGCUGUACUCGUACCGUCACACAUAACAACUGUAGUUGAUACAGCAGAUGGUUCACUGGAAUCCAUGCCACCUAUUGCGGGACCGUCGACUGAGGCAUCUCAUCGAAAUUCAGAGCCCGUCUCCUCUGCAGAUCAACCUUGCAUUGCGGUUGUGGAGCCAUCAUUUGAGCAAACUCCACCGCAAACAGGUAACAAGAACAUAAAUGUACAUCAGAUCUAA